AUGCUCCUGCGAACGACUCUCGAGGUGCCCGUGGACAACGCGGCCAAGCACCUGACCGAGCCCUCCACCCUGAGAGGCAAGCUCACGGCGAAGACGGCCCCAUCAGUCUUGGCAGCCAAGGACGUGGUCAUAUUCCGCGAGGGCGCCGACAAGGGUUACCAGUUCUUGCCGCAAGCGGAGCAGGCGUGCUGCACGGUCCUGGUCACCGGCCGCUUCGCGGAGCGGCCGCUCAUGGCGCCGAACGGCGAGCGGUUCGCCAAGGACGGAAGAUGCAAUGGCCUACGUGGACCGGUUGCAGACCAUCGGCUUGUCCGCUAG